UAUUUAUUUCCAUAAUUGUGCUUCUAUAUACUUGGCUUGACAACAAUUUGCUUACAAAUAAUUUAUGCCGAUCACUUGUAGCAGAAACUUCGGUCACGAUGGUGUGAUUUUUUGACUACAUUACGCAAUUUCAAAAAUGACGAUCGUUUAGCAUCUCCAAUUAUAACUCCACUCGUCUCCACCGUAAUUCCUCGGGACUUCCUACGGCUCAGUUGUCAAUUAUUCUACCGCCACGCUUACCCCGGCUGGAGUACCGCAGCUAGUUGUCUUUGAAGGCAGAGAAUUGUUCUUUUCAAUAACAAUAUCCAGAUAAAAUCGACGAUUUGGAUAGUUCAGUGUCCUCAGAACUAAAUUUUUAUAUUACUUACCGUCAUUAAUCUGACUCAAUCAAUUUACUGAUAUUACCAAAGCGAUAAACAUUUUAUUUUGUGUGUACGAGACGUGGCCACAUCAGCUGAGAUUUUCAGUAAAAACCAUCCAUGCUCAAUUGUUUUUUAGAGCAUUGAAGAGUCAAGAGGGAAAGAACAAUGAGCCGACGAAGAGCCCACGAUGAUGAUGAUGGAUACGAUCGAGUUUACAAGAAACGGCGUCGCGUAUCGGAGAACCAAGAGAUCGAGGACCGCCUAGAGUCGCUGAUUCUACGUGUGGGUGAAAAAUCUACUUCCUCCCUGGAGAGUAAUCUCGAGGGUCUCGCAUCUGUUCUCGAAGCAGAUCUCGGUGUCUUCCGAACAAAAAUCCUCCGAAUUCUAACGGACUGCGCCAUGAAAAUGCCGGAAAAAUGUACUAUCUACACAACCCUGGUGGGUCUCCUCAACGCCAAGAACUUCAACUUCGGUGGUGAAUUCGUCGAUUACAUGGUGAAGAACUUCAAAGAGGCUCUAAAAUCCUGCAGAUGGGAUGCUGCAAGGUACUCCCUACGUUUUCUCGCUGAUCUCGUCAAUUGCCACGUCCUUUCCUGCGGUUCCCUGAUGCAGCUCUUCGAUUCGAUGCUGGAUGCUGCCAACGAGGACAGCGUGCCUCAGGUAAGAAGGGACUGGUACGUCUAUGCAGUCCUCUCGACCCUUCCCUGGGUGGGUCGAGAGCUGUACGAGAAGAAGGAGCAGGAAUUGGAUCACUUGAUGGUGACCAUCGAGGUCUUUCUGAACAAACGUAGCAAAAAGCAUCAGCCAGCACUUCGUGUUUGGUCGAGUGACACUCCUCAUCCUCAGGAGGAAUAUCUGGAUUGUUUGUGGGCGCAAGUACGAAAGCUCCGUCAGGACAACUGGGCUGAGAAGCAUAUUCCCCGCCCUUACCUGGCCUUUGACUCAAUUCUCUGUGAGGCAUUACAACACAAUCUCCCAGCGAUCAUUCCUCCACCUCACCACGACUCCUAUCUGUAUCCUCUGCCGACAGUCACGUUUAGGAUGUUCGAUUACACUGACUGUCCUGCAGAGGGUCCACUACUUCCAGGAAGUCACGCCAUUGAACGAUUUCUCAUUGAAGAGCAUCUCAGACAAAUUAUCGAUAAUUGUUUCAUCGAGAGAAAGGACUGCGCAACUAAUCUUCUGAAUUUUCCUUAUAAGAACAAAAUCCCUCUGGAUUAUUGCAUCGUUGAGGUAAUGUUUGGGGAAUUGUUCAAGCUGCCCACCCCGAAACACCUCGAGAUCUGUUACGGCUCGAUUCUAAUUGAACUCUGCAAACUUCAGCCCUCUACGAUGCCUCAGGUCCUGGCACAAGCCACGGAAAUUCUCUUCAGGAGAAUCGACAGCAUGGCGGCUGCCUGCUUUGACAGAUUUGUCUGGUGGUUCUCGUAUCAUCUCAGUAAUUUUCAGUUUCGAUGGUCCUGGGAGGACUGGGACUCAUGCCUUCAGCGGGACGCCGAUCAUCCCAGACCGAUGUUUAUUAAGGAAGUGUUGCUGAAGUCAUUGAGGCUGUCGUAUCACCAGAGAAUACGGGACAUGAUGCCCGAGAGCUAUGCUGAACUUAUACCAGCUGUGCCUGAGCCAAUUUACAAGUAUAGCUCGGAGGGAGCUAGCUCACUGCCUGGUACUGCUGCUGCUCAUGAGUUAGUGGUGUCCAUUAGGAGAAAAUGCACACCCGAGGAGGUUAUCAAUGUGCUUAAUACCUUACCUGGGACUGGGGAAAACGAUGAGACGAACAAUUUUAAUCCAUUGAAGAUUGAUGUCUUUGUUCAGACCUUGUUGAACCUGGGGUCCAAGAGCUUCAGCCACAGCUUUGCCGCUAUUGGCAAGUUUCAUUAUGUGUUCAAGGUACUUGCGGACACAGAAGAGGCCCAGAAAUGUAUUCUCAUGAAUACGUACGCAUUGUGGAAGAAUCACUAUCAGAUGAUGGUUGUUCUGACUGAUAAGUUUCUAAAGACUGGAAUCAUUGAGUGCAGUGCUAUUGCCAAUUGGAUUUUCUCCAGGGAAAUGUCCACUGAAUUUUCAAAACUUUAUAUCUGGGAAAUUUUGCACUUAACGAUUCGUAAGAAGAACCAACACGUUAUUAAACUUAAUAAAGAGCUGGGGGAAGCACGCGAGAAGAUGAGAAGAGCUGAAAGCAAAUCAGGAUCAUCAUCGGAGGAAGAAGACGGUAAUAAAGAUAAAGGGGAGAGACCUUCUGAGGAAGUUCUAGAGCGGAUGGAGGAGAAACUUGAGGCAGCGCAGGCAGAUCAAAAGAAUCUUUUCCUUAUUAUCUUUCAGCGUUUCAUCAUGAUCUUGUCUGAGCAUUUGGUGAGAUGUGACACAGAUGGAAUUGAUUACAAUACGCACUGGUACAAGUGGACGAUUGGACGUUUACAACAAGUGUUCUUAACACAUCACGAACAGGUCAUGAAAUACUCAUCAACCCUCGAGACCCUUCUGUUCACACCAGAUUUGGAUCCCCACAUUCUGGACGUAUUCCAUCAGUUUGUGUCUCUCAGAGCGUAAAAAGACUCUCCUUUUGACUUCGUUCAUACGAUUCACGAUGUUUUGUUCAUUAUGGCAACGGAAUCAUCACUGUUUUGUGAAAAAAAAAUUGUGAAAUGGUACAUUCACAUCUAUAUUUUCAAGACUUUGAUUAUUAAUGGUUACAUAACACCGUACUUCGAACAACUGAUUUAUCAUUUACUCUUUGCAUAUAUUGUCAUAAAUCCUGAUAGGUAUAUUCUAUGUAAAAAAGCGUAUGCAAUAAAGUUUCAUUAGAAUAUUAAAGAGAA